GUCUCCCAGCCAAAAUAAUCCAUAAAACGCCAACUCUGCCUGCAAAAGGAUUAAUUUUAAGCGGAGGAGUCGAGUUAACUCAAGCCAAGUCAUCAUAUCAUGUAAAUAAGUUUAUAACGCGUCGGAAAGUGAUUAGGACGGGGAAGAUUUUUCAUGGAAAUUUGGAAGAAGGGGACGCUAUGGAAUCAGAACGAGAUCUCGUUACCUUUGUCCAUCUGGAUUGUGGUGUCUUGCUGAGAAAUGAUAAGAAGACGAAACCGAUUUCUUUGUCUCCGGCCGCAACCGUUUCAGUCAAGCCGUCCGACGGAUCGACCAGUUUGGUAACCCCAUGGUCAUCCGAGCAAGCGAUGGUUACUACGUCACAAAUUGAAGACAAUGUCACAUUCCUUCCAAAUUCUGGUCAAAAUUCAGAAAAUGACACAAAAUCCACCUCCGUAAAUUCCACGGGAGAUAAGACCCCAGGAAAUGCGAAAUCGUCACCCAGAAAUUCGCGAAUAUUAGAAGCCACCUUUACUCCUGCAGGAGACAUGUCCCAAACCGACGGGACCACUAAGGUCAAAGGGUACCACGCUCUCGCCGUGGAGUUCACCCCAACCACGUCGACCUCCGCGUCCACGGCGUCCGUCAAGAAACGCGGCAGCCGGGGGGACGCUGGCCCCCUUUUUUCCUCGUCGACGGAACACUUGGUCAGCGAUCAUGAAGAGGAAACCGUGAUCGAGGCCGUGUUGGCCUUCGUGCUGUCCGUUUUCGGACCCACGUGGACCCUCGGGAUUGCAUAUUUGCACUACGAGCAGGGGUCCUACCCCCUGCGCUGCUCACGUGUGUGGGGCUCCUACUGUCCGUUGUGGUCACAAUGUUGGUCUACAUUUUGCCAAGUAAAUCUCCUCGACGCGAUGUUUGGAAGGGGAGUAAAAUAAUCUGGCUUCUCUGCAUUUGUCCAGGUGUGGCGCCGAUAAUUUUAUCAUUCUGCAACAUAAUAUUCGCCAUCCGUGAGCGCGGUUCGCGUUCGUACGAGCGUCCCUGGAAGGGCACGAGGUCAAUCUUUCUCGCGGAAAGUUUAGCGCUCGCAUUUCCCCAGAGCGUCCUCCAUCUCGUCAUGCUCGUCGAGAGUACCGAACCCGUCGAAACGUACCAAGGUUACGCAACCGUCGCAGGCAUUGCUAUACUCUCCUUUUCCAUAACAUUUGCCCGUUUCCGGCACGACAUUCUCGCCAAGGGGGACAGAUUCGGGGCAGGGUUUGAAAAAUGGGUGCGAUUCGUGUGCCUCUGGGCGAACAAGGCCUUAUGGAUCUCGUCCUUCACUCUGACUAUAAUUUGCGCCCGACUAUUCGCCCAAGCGCCAACUCGAAGCGGUCCAAUAAUCGCGGGGCUCGCAUUAAUCAUCGCGGUCCAUGAGAUUCCCGUCUUUCUGCUCAUGUGUCCUUGGCGGUCGUCCAAUCUGAUCGGCGGGAUUAUGAUGAUCCCGCAAACCACGGCGCUGGUGUCGCUCUUAAUCUGGGUCAAUUUGAAUCCCGCGCUCUACAAGGCGGACACGGGGAGCAUGUUGCUCGGCGUGUUUUUCUGGUCGGAACUCUUCAUCCUGAGCGGAUGGCUGUAUGACCGCUGUACCGGAAGAGAGAUUGAUUUCAUGACGUUUUAUCCACACUUUUUGGGGGAUAUUUGCACUAAUUUGCAAACCUGAUUUUGCACAAAUUUUGCACAUAUUGGGCUAAAUAUUUUGUCAUAAAAAUUUUACAGUAUUGUAACAAUUUUGUAAAAAAAAAUUAAUUUUUAAUGUAAUAAGAUGACGCUUGAGUAAAUAAAACAUGAACUAAAUAAGUAAUUCCAGAUUAUUUUUCAAAAAUUUGCUCGAGAAACUGGGGAAAAAAUAAAGUUUGCACAAACUUGAGAAGCUGAGGAACAGUAAUUUUCGUACAAAAUUUGCACGUUGCUAUUUUGUCAUAAAAUCGUUACGGUGUUUGAUUCUCUAUUUUGUAAAAAAAUAGAAAAUGAAUUUGUAAUGAAAUAGAUAAGAUGACUCUUGAAUAAAUAAAAGAUUGCCAAACAUA